AUGAAUGACACGAAAAUGGAAGAAGGCGCAAAUGCUAUUCAGAAUGUCCCCCCGGUGAACGACGCUCCAAAGAACAUCGGAACUGGUGCAAAAAAGUCAGGACGAUCUCGACGAUUUAUUCGCGACCAGGCUUCUACUGACAGUGAUAUACCAUCCUUUCAAGAGUGCCCAGACCAGUUGUCAAAAAGGCCCACUCGUUCAGCGAGAGGAAGUCUACCCAUUGACGAUGACGGUGCACACUACUAUCCGUGUCCGGUCCCAUCAUGCGAUUAUAAUAGUGAAAGCCGUUCAGCAAGGAACUAUCAUCUAAGGGUAGAUCAUGGUGGAUAUGCAUACCAAAACGCUGCACAAGAAGCACCCGGGCCGAAUUCGUCCUCAUCAGAUCAAAAGGCGACGAAGACCUGCGGCAUACAAAAGAACUCAUCCGUUGGUAAACCUCCCAGACCUCGGGGAACAAUCAAGGAAGAAAAUGAGUUUGAUGGUACGGGCGGAGAGUCUGCCGAUGUGUCUCAGAAAUCCCAGUCGCAGUUGGAGUCCAUGCAUGGGUACCAGGUUGUAUCAAGCGACGCGUUUUCGGAAACGGAUGCGGACUGUGAUUUUGAGUUGGACGAUGAAGAUUAUGAACUGACCGAAUAUAAAGGUGACGAGGCCUUCUCUGAGAUGAAGUAUGAUAGCGAUUUUCGUCCGGCUCCUCACAUACAUAGGAAAAGAGGCCGGCCGAAAAAUCCUCCUGGGACGGAACCGGCCGAAAACUCGAAAGUACGUGUAAGUGAUCCGAAUGGAAAGUAUCGAUGCUAUAUGCCAAACUGUGAUUGGAAAGGAGCGUAUCGAUCUCUGCGAUGUGAUCAUAUGAAGUGGUGUCAUAAAGAUUGGGUUAUGCCCCCACGCUACAUCCUUCAGCGCAUUACCAAAGACGGCAUAUACAUUGAUCCAAAAACCUUCGUACCUCCAUUUUCCUGUCCAAUUGAAGGAUGCCAGUGGCGAGGAAGCUAUAGAGCUUCUCGCUCACAACACAUCAAAAGUGCUCAUCCUGACUACGUGCCACCGAAGAAGAAAGCUCCCAUCGUAAGAAUUUUUUUGGGCGGCUACGUUCCUGAUGGGAAAUAUGUUUGCCAUGUUCCUCAAUGCCCAUGGCGCGGGAUAUCUCGAUCAACGCGCGCGAGUCAUAUGAGGAAGGUUCACGGUGGAUUCAGCAAUCCUUCUUACUCUACAAGACAGGUCGCAUGUUGUGAUUGCUCGGCAAGUUUCGGUUCACACAAAGCGUUUGUUGACCAUAUGAUCACUGCUCAUCGUGUUGGCGGUCUUGUUCAUCGUGAUUUCAACGACAUUGGGGAGUAUGAGGAAUGGUUCAAUUCUGUACAAGAUGUAUUCUCUGUCACGUAUGUAAAACGGAUGGGAAUCAAGCAGGGCCAUGAAUAUCAGGUCCUCUAUCUUUAUUGCGCCCGUAGCGGUGGAGCUCGUCUCAAGCAUAUACCUGGUCGAGAUUAUUUUCCCGAAUUCACAAAGCGUCGCUUGACUCGGCGUCCCACAAAGUGCGGUCGUAACUGCGCAGCAUUUCUCCGAAUAAUACACUGGAUUGAUGGACGCUUGACAGUUAUAGGAUGUGUAGAGCAUACUGGCCAUCGGAUGGGUACGGCUCUGUUAAGGUUGAGCUCCAAUGAACGAGUGGUAUUGGACGAAUACCUCUACGUCGUGGACGACAAAGUUCCGCUGGAUGCCAUGUUAGAUCGCAUAAGAGGCGAAACAUUUGAAGAUAAUGACAGAUACGUCAUGAACGAGAAUGAAUUCAUCUCUCUGAAAGUGCUGUUCGAGACGUCGUCAUUUUUCGAACCAGAGUCCACAUUCGCUGUGAAUCUGUUCGAUAGUGAAGGGAGGCCGCUCACGGAAGGAAUCUCGUUUGGUAUCAUGACAUCGCAAAUGCGUGAGCUAUGGGCAACUUGCUCUACCCGAGCCGGCUUUAACUUGCAGGUCAACUUAUUGAUAAGCGAUUUCGAACUUCAUCUGUUCUUUGUGAUGGUAUUUGAUGCAGACGAUAUGCCGCGAUGCGCGUGUGUCUUAAUAUCUCAAAGUGGCGACAAAGUCGCACUCCUUAACAAGUUGCGAUCUGUAUCGAAUGCUCCAGUGGAUACUGUGGUGACUGAUUGUUCUCCGGACUGGCCUGCUUUACUUGAUGCCUAUUUUGGUAACGAGGCUUAUACUGCCGAUUUCCAGAUUGCCGAGUGGCAUUUAUUAUCAGAGUGGGCUGCUAGGAUUGAUGAGAUGGUGUCGAAUCGAGUGGAUCGCUUUGCGACUCUGUGCGCUUUGCGGCGGUGGACACGGUACCUUAUCCUAAUAUUACUCUCUUCAGCUGUAACAAUAUUUUCUGUUCUGUUCAGUGCCACUGAUCCUACGCUGUUCGAAGAAAU